AAAUUUAAUCAACCGGCAGAGAGCUUUCCCUUAACAAUGAUUUCUGCAGCGCUCACAUAGCUUGGAGUAACAGAUGGUUCAAUGUUCAAACCACUGCGGCCCUGGACUAAAGGGGAGUAUUUCUAGACUAGUUUCUGGACAUUUAAGACUGCAAUCAUAAUGCCUUAUUUUUCCAAACUGCUUUUUUUACUUUUUUGCCUGAGUAUUAUUGCUGAGAGCCGAGAGCAAAUGACUAGGAGAUGGACAGGUCCCAUGGAAACACAAAAGCAUGGCAUUCCUUUAUCAAAGAAGACCCAUGAUGGAACAAAAAUGACAAAAAUUAAGACUGAACAGCUUCUCAGAGUGGACGACUUUGAUUUUAGUAUGAGACCAGCGUUUGCAGGUCCUGCCAUUCCUGUUGGGGUCGAUGUUCAGGUUGAAAGUUUGGACAGUAUUUCAGAAGUAGAUAUGGACUUCACCAUGACACUUUACCUGAGACAUUACUGGAAAGAUGAGCGUCUUUCCUUUCCCAGCACCAGCAACAAAAGCAUGACUUUUGACGGCAGACUUGUCAAGAAGAUCUGGGUCCCAGACGUGUUUUUUGUCCACUCCAAGAGGUCCUUUAUCCACGACACCACCACGGACAACAUCAUGCUGCGAGUCUUUCCUGAUGGACACGUGCUGUACAGCCUGAGGGUCACCGUAACAGCUAUGUGUAACAUGGACUUCAGUCGCUUCCCCCUUGACACUCAAACCUGCUCGUUGGAGCUGGAAAGUUAUGCCUACACAGAUGAAGAUCUCAUGCUUUACUGGAAGAAUGGAGAAGAGUCUUUAAAAAUAGAUGAAAGAAUAUCCUUGUCUCAGUUUCUUAUACAGAAGUUUCAUACUACCUCCAGACUAGCAUUCUACAGCAGUACAGGUUGGUACAACCGUCUGUACAUCACCUUCACGCUCCGUCGGCACAUCUUCUUCUUCCUGCUCCAGACCUAUUUCCCAGCCACUCUGAUGGUCAUGCUCUCCUGGGUGUCCUUCUGGAUCGACCGCAGGGCUGUGCCAGCUCGAGUGUCACUCGGUAUCACCACAGUGCUGACCAUGUCCACCAUCAUCACUGGAGUCAAUGCGUCGAUGCCCAGGGUCUCCUACAUCAAGGCUGUGGACAUCUACCUGUGGGUCAGUUUUGUGUUUGUGUUCCUGUCUGUGCUGGAGUACGCUGCAGUGAACUACCUGACUACAGUGGAGGAGCGCAAAGAGAGGAAGCACAGAGAGAAGCAACUACCUUGUACCUGUGGAAUGUCCCACGCCAGGACGAUGAUGCUGGACGGGACCUACAGUGAGUCUGAUGCCAACAGCCUGGCCGGCUACACCCGGACACAAGUGGUUUCAGACGAGCAGGAGAAGAUGGUGGUCCAUCUGUCCAUGAGCAGCGACUCCACGGCAACCAAAAAGAAGGGCAUCUUUAAAGGUUACCGGGGAUUCCGGAUUAUAAAGAACACGCAUGCCAUUGACAAGUACUCCAGGAUGAUAUUCCCAGGAGCUUACAUAUUUUUUAACUUGAUAUACUGGUCCAGUUAUUGCUGACCUCCCAUGACAGUGACCUGCAGAACAUUUCUCUUGGUAUUGGUACCAGUUCCAUCUUGGAGGAAAGUGGACCCACAGAAAGACUAUUUAUGAGCUGCUAAAGGAACUGCCAUCUGCAUCAUUCCAGUUACCAAUCAACAUACACAGUGUUUUAAUGAUGGAUCUACCUCUGCUACAAACAGGGGUAAUGUUUUAAUAGCACUACAGGAGAAGGAAGAAGCAAAUCACUACAAUUUUAACAGAUCUCUAUGUGGACUCCAGGGAAAAAAAUCGACAUUUUCUGUAUGCUGCCUUCAUCAGUUUAAUUAAUUCCAAAUUAUUUCACCAAAAAAAAAAACUUUGGGGGGAUUUUAAAUACAUGGCAGCAUGUAAACACGUACAUCAAGGUGUACAAUCUGUAUAUUCCAUUUGUGACAGUUGUAAUUUAUGAGUUACAUGGGUGAGAGUGGCCAAUGAUCCUUUUGACUGAAACUGGCUGGGGGUUCACAUAGGCUCCCCGAAGCUCUGGGGUUGUACAUGCUCUCAGAUGCAUUCUGCGCCAUUUUGGACCACUUUUUGAGAAGCAAAUUUGAACUUGACUUAGUAGAAAUUACUUCACUUACAACUUGUCAUUUUACCAGGUGGAUCAACGUGAUAAAUCACACGAGGCUAGUUAACAAACAUAGUUUUUGAAGUGUUACUGAUCAAACCUUUUACAUGUAUGCUCAAUUCACAAAAUAUUAAUUUUAUAAAACCUCAGCUGCAAAAAUCACAUACAAUCUCUGCUUAACUCAAUCAUGUGUCAUAAAUACAGUUCUGAUACAAAUUUGAAGGACUUGUUAAAGGACCAUUUUCAAAGACAUUUUCAAUGUUGAUAACUAAUAACCAACUCUAAAAUAAAUAUUUUGCAUUAACAGUUUAUUUAAAGGUAUAAUAACAAAAAUCUAAAUUAUACUCACUUUGAGUAAGAUAAGCUCUUGACCAGUAAACCCUCUUAUUCAGUAACACUGAGUCAGUUUUGGUUCCUAUAGGUGAGUGUUUCAUUCUAAAAGCAGUUCAACAAUUCAGUGAUUUAAUCAAUGUCAAAAUCAAUAUAAUUGUGUGUCACAAUCCUAGGCACCUAACUUUGUUAAAAAGUAGGGGGGUAAACUGAAGGACUAACUGCCGAGCGUAGAGAGGCAAAUGUACUUUUUUUUUUUUUUUUUUUUUUUUUACAAUUAAACUCAAAGAAACCAAGCAAACCUUGCUGUUGUGAAGUUAAAGUUUUAGUCAAGCCUACAAAAUUGGACAGGUUUUUCAGCAUAAAAUGUUCAAUAUGUACUUACUGGGCAUGCAUAAUUACAGAUACAUGCAAGUAACACCAAAUGGCACCACCAGUACCAAUGGCAUCUCUGCACAGUGCUGCACCUAGAAUUCACACAUGUAGUUCACUAAAGGAAAGUGUUAAACAAACAAAGACAAGCAAGUACUGUUGUUUUGAAGGUAAUUACUCCCCAAGUAAGGCAGUUCAAAAUACUUGCCCUGUCCGGUUUACUAUAUUAAAAAAAGACUUAAUUCUGAAGCAAAUGCAAAUACUUUUUUUUUUUUUUUGCUGAAUAAAACAAUGAAGGACCAGUCAAGAGUUGUUUGUUGUUUUAUACCAUUAAAAUGGUAUUAUUGCUCUAAGAAACUGUGUCUUUGUCUUUGUGCUUGCGUCUAAAUAUGGUCAAUUGAGUGAGAGGGCAAAGUUCAAACAAUAAUGUAACUGCUGCUACUGCAACCUAGUCAUAUUUAUAUUUUUUACUUUAAAUAUUCUUUACACUUCGAAUCGUGUGCAUUAUUUUAUAGCUUUAUCAAGGACUGAUAGUGAGCAGAACGACGGGGAGAGUAUAAGCACACAUUUUAAUUACCUUACGAUUUCAGGUAUGUGCCUUUUAACACGCUACUGUCGUUUGUAAUACACAAAUAAGCUUACCUGACUUGGAAAGCGUUAAACGGUGCUAGCAAAUUCCUACUUGGUUUGAUUGAAUGAGUCAUCACUGACACAACAAGCUUCAAUAUAUGAACGCUGAAAAUGUAUUCCAAUAAACAACAACGGCACGUUUUAAUGAAAAAUAAAUAAAUUCUAGCCUACUUCACUAAAGUAAAAACGGACUUUUGUUAUUUUGAAAUACCACUGCUUCAGAAUAUUACCAGUGCUUAAUAAAAGUAACAACAUUUUAUUUAGAGUUGUUGUUAAACUUAAACCUGUUCAUGAUCCCACAGCAACCCAAACCUACUAACUUCCUUAUUUUAUAAAAAUACACAAAUAACCGUCUGAAUAUAAUUUAAUUAAUAGAGAAUAAAAACAAACUAAACUAACAACUUCCUAGCCUAUAUUUAUUUUUUGUAGUUUUCAAACUGCCCAGAAUCUUUGGUUUCACACCGCUGCUAACGUUACCUGUUGUAAAUAGUGCAGAGCAGACUAUGGCCCCUAUUCGUCAGUGUCGGUUCCAAAAAUCGUUCUUAUAAAUGGAUUUAGAAUGGUUUAAGGAAACUCCUCAGGCUAAAUGUAACGGUACCCUUCACUUUGACCUCUGGUCUAAUAUGGUGGCCAUAUUCCUUGUAAUUGCUUUUUUAAGAAUGCUUGCAGCAUUAUGUAAUGAGCAAAGCACUGCCAUUGCUAGGUUUGUAUUACUGCAUUUACUUUCCGAUGCGUAAUACAUUUUAUGAAAGUUCUGUGAGGUGACUGUAGAUAAUCCCUGUAAUGUAGAUAAUCCUUGUAGCGUCCGGAGCCUCAGCGAGGGUUGAGGAUAGUCAGUGCCAUCAUUGCAGAGCUUUGUUAAACAAACAGCACAUCUGUGUCACCCCUGUGGUUCACUCAUUGCUUAUUUUUGCAUUAUUGAUUUAGAACCAUUACUUUUGGAUCCCAGAAACCUUGUUAUGAUACACAGAGUGAGACCAAUUAAAAAGAGCACUGUUUUAAAGAAAUAAAUGUUAAGACCCUUGUUUUUUUUGGCACCCUCUUUAUUUGCAUUUUUUUCAUCAAGCUCGCUAUAGUUUAGGAGAGAAAAGUGCUUGGGACUGCUUCACCCUCCCCUGCUACAGCACACAUGCAGUGCAGUAGCCUAGAAAACUGAUCAAAUACAAACUGACCACAGUGACCUUGAUAGAUCUGCAGUCAAAUGCUACCUACCGAGCUAUGUAAUUAAAAAUGAUCCAGUGGAUACCGAGCAGCAAUGGAAACAUUAAGAGCACAGAUUAGUGGUGACUUUAUCCAGGAACCACGGCACAGCAGUACUGCUGCAGGGGAAUUCAUAAACAACAGACCAUACGAAAACAGCUGUUGAAACUAUGUGAAAAUAUUUCAGAUUAAGAAAUUUAUAGAGUACAUCUAUUAAAUACAUGGAUUAUUUGCACAUAUGAAUGAUGCAUACAGACAGGUGUAAUUCAAACAGCUAAAAACAUUCAACAGGGAUACUGCAGCACAACACACAUUUUUUUAAAGAAAUUAUUUUGAGGGGGCAGGCGCCACCCCUGGAGGGGGUAACUGCACAAGUUCUACUAAAAUACCCCCUUCCUUUUGGAAAUCUUUGCUUUUACAAGGAAAGUCUAUAAUUCUGGAUCAU